AAAUAAACAACAGCUGAGUCAUCAUGACUUAGGAGAUUUUUUAAGCAUUAUGAUCCAGAUCAACCUCAAAUGUUGAGAUUUCAGAGAGUCAACAUUUCAUGACAUUAAACCCCACCCUGAUUGGCGUCAUGAUCCUGGUUGCUAUAGUUACCGGGUAUAUCCUGACAUCUAUAACCCUGCUUCAUUUUCCCACCCUCCUGCACAAAAAGAAGAAACAAAGAUUCAUAUGUCGACAUAUUAGUCAUAGAGGAGGUGCUGGUGAAAACCUUGAGAAUACGAUGGCUGCCUUCCAGCAUGCCGUUGACCUUGGAACUGACAUGCUUGAAUUGGACUGUCACAUCACUGCUGAUAACCAAGUUGUGGUGUCUCAUGACAAUAAUCUCAAACGAGGGACGGGACAAGAUGCGUUAAUCUCCGAUACCUUAUAUGAGGAUUUGCCUCUUUUAAAAGAAUCUUUGAAGCUGGACUUCUAUCAAACACACUGUACCUCUGGAUGUAAAGAUAGACAGAUUCCUCUACUUGAAGAUGUCUUCAAACAAUUCCCCAACUUGCCUAUAAAUGUAGAUAUAAAAAUAGACAAUGAUGAACUAAUAAACAGGGUAUCUGAACUUGUAGUGAAGUACAAUCGUUCUCACCUCACAGUUUGGGGAAACAAAAGUAUUCAAGUCACAAAUAAAUGUUACAGUAAGAACCCAGAUAUAGGAAUCCUCUGCAGUGCGUCUGAGUGCAUACGCAUUGUGUUGCUCUUCUACACAGGUCUACUGCCUUUUAUACCUCUCAGGGGACAAUACUAUGAGAUGAUAAUGCCAAGUAUUAUCUUAGAUAAAACCCACGCCCCAACAUUGACGUCUAAAGGAGUGCGGUUGUUGAUCCGCAUUUUAGAUUCGAUGAUAAUGAAUGGUUCAUUAAUACGUCAUCUUAACAAGCGUGGUAUUCAGACUUACUUCUGGGUGCUAAACGAAGACUCUGAGUUUGAAAAAGCAUUUAAUUAUGGUGCAGUAGGUGUUAUGACAGACUUUCCCACAAAGCUGAAAAAUUGGUUAGAGCUACAUCCGCAAAAUACCAUGACACGUCAAGAUGAACACUCAGUGCAAAAUGGACGUUUGUUAGAAACAAAUUAG